CCACUGCCCAAAGGCUGCAAACCAAAGCCAGGCGCUCCACGGAGGUUUCCUUCCCCAGUGCCAGGCAGUGGCAGCCCAAGCCGUUGUCAGGACAUGCUGGGGAGACGGUUGGGCUUGGCAGAGUUCGGGAGGCUUUUCAGUCAUGAGGACUGAAGAAGAGCCGGGGGAUGAAGAGAGCCUGGCUGAGGAUCCCAGCUAAGAAAACAUGGCCAGGAUGCUUACAGCAGGGCAGCAAAAGCCCAGAUGACAUCGCGUCUCCUCCUUGGGCUCAGGCGGGCUGUUUUGGUUCUGUAGUGGGUGAAUUGUUUGCUCUCAGCUUCUAGGAUUUGGAACUCUAGGAUGAGUUGCUGGUUUUCAUGUGCUCUUAAAAACGGAUUGACUGCAGAUUGGAACAAAUAUGAUGAUCGUUUGAUGAAAGCAGCUGAAAGGGGUGAUGUGGAGAAGAUCUUGUCUGUCCUUGCUAAAAAAGGAGUGAACCCCACAAAACUGGAUCUAGAAGGGAGAUCUGCAUUCCAUGUUGUAGCCUCAAAGGGUAACCUCGAUUGUCUGAAUGCUCUUCUUCUUCAUGGGGUUGACAUUAUCGCCACUGAUAUAGCAGGAAGGACUGCUCUACAUUUAGCAGCAAAAUAUGGACAUGCACUUUGUCUGCAAAAACUGCUGCAGUACAACUGCUCAACGGAAAAUGUGGAUCUGCAAGGACGGACUGCUCUUCAUGAUGCGGCAAUGUCGGAUUGUACAUCCAGCAUCCAGUUGCUAUGUGACCAUGGAGCCGCGGUGAAUGCCAGAGAUGCUGAUGGAAGGACACCAUUGGUGCUGGCCACUCAGAUGUGCCGUCCAACUAUAUGCCAGUUUCUGCUAGACAGAGGUGCUGAAGUUAAUGCAAGAGAUAAGCAAAAUCGGACCGCCCUGAUGUUGGGCUGUGAAUACGGCUGUAAGGAUGCCGUAGAGGUUUUGCUCAAAAACGGAGCUGAUGUUACUUUGGUUGAUGCGCUAGGCCAUGACUGUUUUUAUUACGCACGAAUCGGGGACAGUACUGAAAUCCUGUCUCUGAUCAAGGCUGCCUUUGAAGAGUCCAGAAAAGCAGGUUAUGAAGUAAUGAAGAAAGGGCAGCAACUAUUGAAGGUGCCCAGCAUGCUACCCAAAUGGACUCAACCUAGUAUCUUGGAUGAAGUGAGCAAUAAACCAUUCCUGAAGGAGCACCAGAAUGUACAGGAAUUAGAAAGAGAAAACGAAGACUUGAAAGGAAGAAUGAGGGAAAUCCAGCAGGAACAACGAAUCUUCCUAGACAGAAUAAAUGGGUUGCAGCUGCAGCUGAAUGAGGAGCAAAUGGUUGCUGAUGAUCUUGAAACUGAGAAAGAUGAGCUUAGGAGGCUUCUGGCCACAAAGGAACAGCAACAAGAAGAGAGUCUGCGAAUGCUUGAAGCUCUGAAGUCAAAACUCCGUUUCCAUGAGGGUGAUCAUGCAGGAUCCGGAAGCAGCCUUAAUAACAGGAAAGAAAAUGUACCAAUGAUGGACCCAGGCUAUUCUGCGGGAUCCCAGCAAAUCCUGGCUUUGGCGCCCGCUAAUCUCCAGAGCCGGUCCAUGGUGAGGCCUUUGGAGCUCUUAAGCCCAACGCAGGGCUGCACCUCAGAGGCGGAUGCUCUCAAGCGAGAGCUCAGCAGCAUCAAGAGCUGCUAUGAGGCAGCCAAAGGUGACCUCGGCAGGCUUCAGGCAGAGCUGUCCCACAAGACGGCAGAAUGCAAAGCCCUGGACUGUGAGUGUGAACGGAUUAAGCAGGAGUCGGACCAGCAGAUAAAGCAGCUGGAAGACGCGUUGAAAGACGUGCAGAAGAGAAUGUUUGAUUCAGAAGGGAAAGUGAAGCAGAUGCAGACCCACUUUCUUGCCUUGAAGGAUCACCUGACGAGUGAAGCCGCUGCAGGGAGCACCAAGGGGACGGAGGAGCUGAAGGAGCAGCUGAAAGACAUGAAGGCUAAGUAUGAGGGAGCCUCAGCUGAAGUGGGCAAGCUGAGGAAUCAGCUGAAGCAGAACGAGCUGUUAGUGGAGGAAUUCAGGCGGGACGAAGCGAGGCUGGUGGAGGAAAACAAAAAGUUGCAGAAAGGACUUGGCAUGUUGAAGGUGGAACGUGAAAAAAGGGAGAGGACUUUUUCCGAGGCAGAAGAGCAGCUGAAGGAAACGACAGUGAAAUUGGCCAACAAGUUUGAGAAGAUGAAGAGUUCUCUCUCCAGCGAAAUUGACGAGAAGGACUGGAAGCUGGCAGAGUUGGAGAAAGAGCGUGAAAAGUUGUGCACGGAGGUCCAGCAUCUGAGGACGGAGCUCGAGAAGCAGAAGGCUCAGUUGGCUCACUAUGUGAAGCCAGAGGAACAUAAGCAUGUCAGAAGCAGGUAUGAGCAAAGGGCCCGUGAGCUGGAGAAGGGGCACCUGGAGCUUAAACAGAAAAACCAAGCCUUGCAGAAGGCACUAGAAAGGGCUCAGGUGGACCACAGCCUCCUCAAGCAGCAGAUGGAGACCCUCAGGGCUGAGGUGAAGACCCAGUAUGUCCCCGUGAAGGUCAACGAAGACACCAGGAAAGUGGUAGGAGAGCUGAACAAGAAGGUGACGGAGGCCACGGAAAAAUAUCACCGGUAUAAAGGAGAAGUAGAGAAACUACUAGCGGAGAAGCUGUCACUACAGGAGAAGAUCAGUAAGUUUCAGACCAUUUACAUUCCUCCUGAAAAGCAUGAGAAGGAAAUAGGAGUCUUGAAAUCGACCUUGGCAGACUUACAAAAGCAGCUUAAUGAACUUAACCAAAGAUAUGAAAAAGAGCAGGCCAAAGUUUCCGAAUUGGUUACUAAAAAUGCGGCUCUCCGAGAGGUCAUGAAGGAGCAGUAUGUCUCUUCAGAAACUCACGAAGAGGCAAAAACGGCCUUGAACAUCAUGCUGGAAAGGACAGGUGAAGAAUUGUCAGACCUGAAGGAGAAGAUGGAAAAGGUGAAGCAGGAAUGUUUGAAAGUCAACGAGGAGAAUGGUGCACUGAAACAGAGGUUGAGGGGGCUGCAAAGUCAAAUGCAGGCCGAAUAUCUCAGUACAAAAGACCAUGACAGUAAAGUGGCUGCUCUGAAUGCGACUAUUCAGGACCUUCAGAGAAGCAACUCUGCAAUGCAGGCAAAGUACCAAGAAAAGCAAGAAGAAGUUGCCCAAUUGCAUGCAGAGAUUGAAGCCCAGAAGAAGGAGAUUGACUUGAUCCAAGAAUGCAUCAAGUCCAAAUAUGCUCCCCUUGCCAGUUUGGAUGAAAAGAAGCGGGACUUUGAGGCAACUGUGGUGGAGCUGAAAAACCAGCUCCUGGAACAGGGGGAACAGCUCAGAAUAAAAGAGGAAGAAAUCCAGAAACACACCGAGGAAAUCAGAAAGUUAACAGCAGGGAUCCUGACGGUCCAAAAUGAUCUGCAGGAAAACUAUAUCCUUGCAGAGAAAUACCAUGCAAUGGAGGGAGCGUUGGCGGCCAAGGCGGACGACCUGAGCAAGGAGUUAAGGGAGCUGCAGCAAAGGUUUGCCGAGGUCACGGGGGAGAAGGAGCGGCUCCAGGAGGAGAGCGCCAGGCAGCGCUCAGAGGUGCUCCUCCUGCAGAGCCGCCUGCAGGGCCAGUACGUUCCUCGGGAGCAGGUGGAGGCCCUGGAGAGGAAGCUCAGCUGCACCAUUGAGGGCCUGAAAGUGGAACUUGACAGCCAGGCCAGCAGAAACCAGCAAGAGCUGCAGAGAGCUCAGGCGCUGCAACAGGAACUGGCCCAUCUACAGGCCACCUCGGUGCCCCUGGCAGAACACUCCCAAAUCAGAGCAAGGCUAGAAAAGGAAAUGGCUGCUCUCCAGUCCGGGUGGAGGGAGAAGGAGGAAGAAAACCAAGCCAGAAAAGAAGAGGUCUCCCGCCUACACUCUGACCUUCAGAGCACGAAGCAAGCCCUAAGCAAGCUGGAGAAGAGAGAGGUGGUGGAGGCAUCUGAGCACAAGAGGGUGAGGAGCAGGCUCGAGGGCCAGGUGAGCAGCAUGGCUGAGAAGCUAGCUGAGCUGACUAAAAAGAUGGAGAAGCUGCAAGACGAUUCGCUGAAGGCAAACGCAGAGGAGCCGUCCCCGAGGGACGAGAAGGAGCUGCUUCAGCCAAGAAAUGUCAACAUUGAGCAGGAAAUCAAAGACCAGAAAGAGCGGUGCGACAAGUCUUUGAGUACCAUUGUGGAGUUGCAGAAAAGGAUCCAGGAGUCUGCCAAGCAGGUGGAGGCCAAAGAUAACAAGAUAACGGAGCUUCUCAAUGAUGUGGAACGGCUCAAACAGGCUCUUCAUGGCCUCUCACAGCUUACCCACAACAUUCCUGCACAGAGGCAAAUCCCACAGAUGGAGGUGCUCCAGAACCAGGUGAAGACUCUGCAGCAGCAGCUGGCUGAUGCUGAGAGGCAGCACCAAGAAGUCAUCUCAAUCUACCGGACGCACCUUCUGAGCGCUGUUCAGGGUCACAUGGAUGAGGAUGUGCAGGCGGCCUUGCUCCAGAUCAUCCGCAUGCGCCAGGGGCUGAUUUGCUAGGGGAAGGGAGGCCCAGCUGGCUCCGCCGGCUGCAGCCACUUUGCCAACUUCUGAACGCCCCUUAAUGCUUAGGAGAUGGUAACACUCCCCCCCCCCCACCAGCUGCUUGUAGCAGGAAUAUGGAAAAAUAUUUACACAAACCCAUUUGUAAACAAAAACGAAAAGAUCACCUGUGAUUCUGAAAACAGACGUUUUCCAUUUAUAGGUAGUCAAAAUGAUGACCAAAGCAAAGUUCUCCGGAAUGUCGGAUUGACAGCCCUAAAAGGCGGCUAACCCCACCCCCUCCUUGCAGGUGCCAGGUCCUGAGCUGGGGGGGGGGGCUCAGCAGUGGGCCUGCGUCUUCUGGCCCAGGCGGGGGGUGUCCUCCUGGGACUGGCCCCCUCGGCUCCCCGGUGGCUUGGCUGGCCAAGCUGCCUCUUUGAAGACUAGCUAGAAGUAGUGAUGCCUUUUUAUUGCAGUUUUCUUGAGAGAAAAAUACAUCAGAUAAUAUUUUGCUUUUUACAAGAUAGUUUUUCACAGAGUGUUGAUUACUGAUUUAUUUGUAGUUUUAAGGACAGCAGGACUGGGAUAGAUAAAAAUGAAAAGCUGUUAUGAAACCUUGAAAUACAGCAGCCUAAAAUUUGUGUUUGAUCAUCCAUUACUUUUUAAAAAAAGAAGAAAUCAACUUGUUUACAGAUAAGCUAAUCAACAACUAAAACAGUUGGAGAAAUU